AUGAACGCAUUAAAACAUAGGCGUGGUAUUGCAAAGGCCACUUUAACUCGUGCGGUUGAAUUUAUAACAUCCAUUGAACAAUUGACAUCAUUGGAGAUGUUAGAAAUUAGAUUAAAUAGGGUGAUUGAAGCAUGGCAUGAAUUCACUACCCUACAUUAUGAAUGUCUUCAGCUUGUGGGGGAAGGUGACGCCGAGGAGUUUAAUACUGAUUUCGGGUUAUAUGAAGACAAAUAUUUCGAAGCCCACGCGGGGUUGACUGUAGCAAUACGUGAAAGGAGUUCUAAAAAUUCAAACAAUGCCGUGUUAGAUUCUUCGGCAAAAACUCCUGAAAAAAUAAAACUGCCACCAAUUGUGAUUCCGAAGUUUUCGGGUGAUUAUAAGGACUGGCCGUCUUUUCGUGAUUUGUUUCUGGGUUCGGUGGAUACAAAAGAAAACUUAUCACCGACUCACAAAUUUCAAUACUUAAAAUCUUUUUUAAGCGGAACGGCCGCUGAUCUAAUCCAACACAUAAAGGUUUCAGAUGUUAAUUACACUGAAGCAUGGGAUAGACUUGAAAAACGUUUUGAUAGGGGAACUUUAGUUGUUCAGUCCUUUGUUCAAAAAUUUUUGUCCCUACCGUCAAUAAACGCUCCAAAUGCACAAAUACUUCGAAAGAUUACGGACGGUGCGGAUGAGGUGAUUCGGGGAUUAAAUGCACUAUCUAAGAACAAUCGCGAUCCGUGGCUUAUUUUUAUCCUGCUCAAUAAACUAGAUGGUGAAACAAAACAUGCUUGGGCAGAAGAAGUCGGGUCUCGGGAGGAUAUGACAAUAUCAACGUUUAUCGAAUUUCUUGAGCGUCGGUGCGAUGCACUAGAGUCAUGCCAGACUCUAAAUCGCUUGUCCUCAUCAUCAUCGCGUGGAAAGCCAGCAAGUUCGAUUCGAGCGUUAAUAGCUAAUCCUUCUGAAAAUAGUUCGCAAUGUCCAUUAUGUAAAACCAAUCAUCUUUUACACCAGUGUUCAAAAUUUCUUGAAUUAGACAUUCCAUCGCGUAGAAACUUUACCAAAACAAACGUGCUUUGUUUUAACUGCCUUCGGUCAGGUCAUUCCGUAAAAAAAUGUCGAUCGACUUUUCGAUGUCGCGUAUGCAAAGCUCGGCAUCAUUACUUAGUGCAUCAGGAUGAAUCGAAUAAUAUUUCUGCGCCGGUAUCUGACCCUUCUCAAACAAAUCAAUCGACAUCGUCGUCGUCAUCAGCUUCGCUACAAAAUCAGUCCUCGGGGACACCUAAUCCGUAUGCCAUUACACCUUUGGUCAGUAACCAUUCUCGUGAAUUUAGCCUUCGAAAACAUACAGUUUUACCAACAAUUCUUGCUAAGCUAGAAAAUAACAAAAAUCAGCUCAUUGAUGUUCGUGUAUUAUUGGAUACCGGGUCCCAAUCAUCGUUCAUAUCUGAAUCGUGUGUUCAAAAACUUGGACUUCGACGAACUCACGCUCGAAUACCAGUAUUAGGAUUAGGUUCAAUGGAAGCCGGGUUUACUAAGGGAGUCGUAUCUUUGAAACUACUUUCUCGAUAUAGCUCUACAUUUUUGACGGUCGAUGCCUUAGUUUUGACUAAAUUGACUUCAAAUCUACCGUCUAACUCGUUUGAUAUCUCGACUUUGGACUAUAUUUGCAACUUGGAUCUGGCAGACCCUGGCUUUAACUUCUCUUGUGCAGUUGACGUGAUUCUUGGGGCUGAUAAGGUUUGGUCUAUCUUGAAAUCAGACCAAGUUGUUGGACCUCCAGGUAAACCUAUCGCUCAAAAUACUUCCUUCGGAUGGGUUAUCACUGGAGAGUUCUUUGAUCCAACCUCUGGUAAUUUCGAAUUAUCGUCAUAUCAUUCUGCUCUUGACUUGGAUGCUCUUCUCCAACGAUUUUGGGAGCUAGAGCAUAUCUCUUCUUACAAUUCGUUUGAUGCCUUUAAUGAUCCAGCUGAAAAACACUUCCAACAAACAUUUAGUCGCGCUUCCGACGGAAAAUACGUGGUUGCGCUUCCCUUUAAAACUCCUUUACCAAAGUUUGAAGGUACGCUGCAUUCGGCGGUUUCACGGCUGUAUUCGAUGGAGCGUCGAUUUCAAAAACAUCCUGAACUGAAAAGGCAAUACUCUGAAUUCAUGCAAGAGUACCUCGACCUUGGUCAUAUGGAACGUAUUCCUCAAAGUGAUAUUCAAAAAAAUCCAUGUAGUCAAUUUUAUUUACCCCAUCAUGCCGUUUUUAAGCCGGACAGUUCGACAACGAAACUUCGCGUCGUUUUUGAUGGGUCUGUCAAAGACUCAAAUGGACAGUCGUUGAAUAGCAAGUUGUUAAUCGGUCCGCCUAUACAACGUGAUCUAAUUGGUGUUUGUCUACGGUUUCGGCAACAUCGUUAUGUGUUUACCGCCGACAUUGUCAAAAUGUUUCGACAAAUAUGGGUAAACGAGAAGGAUUGUGAUUAUCAACGAAUCGUAUGGCGGUCAAACCCAAAUAAUCACAUCGAACAUUAUCGACUACGAACCGUAACCUAUGGCACUGCGUCGGCUCCAUUUUUAUCGGUACGUGUGUUACAACAAAUCGCCGAGGACUAUAAAACUGUGUACCCAAAUGCAUCUCGGGUUUUACUUAGUGACGUCUACGUUGACGACGUGAUGACAGGCGGGAAUUCAAUCCAAACCUUGUUAGAUUUGCAAUCUGAACUGACCUCGUUACUAUCAGAAGCUCGUCUUCAGCUUCGUAAAUGGAGUUCCAACUGCUGGGCUCUACUAGCCAAACAAAACCCUGAGGAUUGUGAGUAUUCUUUCGUAGACCCUGAACGUUCGCAGUCACUCAUAAAAGUAUUGGGAAUGUACUGGAAUCCUGCGUCCGAUAUGUACUCAUAUCGCCUAACAACUUCAAAGCCUUGUCCCUUGAUAACCAGAAGAACUUUGCUAUCGGAAGUAGCAAGUAUUUUUGACCCUUUAGGGCUCUUGGCCCCUUCAGUGAUCCUUUUCAAGAUGCUAUUUCAAAAUCUCUGGUCUUUGACUUUGGGUUGGGAUGAUCCUCUUCCCACUGAUCUCGCGGAAAAAUGGAUAACCUAUCGUGAACAAUUGCCAUGCUUCGAAAAAAUUUGCGUUCCGCGUAAUGUGUUUUCGUCUGAACAGACUAUCGAGCUUCACGGAUUUUCAGAUGCCUCAUCGUUAGCGUACGCCGCGGUAGUCUAUGCCCUUUCGAAAUCUGCCGACGGAAAAGUGAACGUUGUCAUCGUUGCUGCUAAAACUAAGGUAGCCCCUUUAAAACCGGUAUCUAUUCCCCGCCUUGAACUCUGUGGUGCGGUUUUGCUUGCUCGGUUAAUACGAUUCGUAAAAUCAUCAUUCAACAUUAACAUUCCUAGAACAUUUGCGUGGUGCGAUUCUGAGAUCGUGUUGCAUUGGCUUUCAUCGCCCCCACGCAGGUGGGCAACCUUUGUCGCCAACAGAACCGCUGCCAUCUUGGAAACCUUACCCAGAUCUGCUUGGAGACAUGUUCCGUCUGAAUCGAACCCUGCUGAUUGUGCAUCACGUGGUGUACCACCUUCAAAUUUAUUCAGUCACAAUCUUUGGUGGACCGGUCCAUCCUGGUUAUCCGAUUCAGAAGUCAGUUGGCCAAAAUCCAACCUUUAUCCAAGCACCUUUAAUGAGGAAUCAGCUAAGUUGGAGGAGAAAUCAGUCAUAAGGCAUGCACUCGUCACGUCGUUUGAUGGACAUGUCUUUCAUGAUCUGAUAGGAAGGAUUUCGAGUUGGAGUCGCCUGCAGCGUGUUGCUGCAUACAUCUUUAGAUAUAUUUCCAACCUUCAACCAAAAACCAAUCCUCGGGCUGUUCAUGGUCUGAGCUACCCUGAAAUUCAAAGGGCUAGAAUUGCCAUCUUAAAAUUCGUUCAGCUUUUAUUCUUUGAAGAUGACAUCUUGCACCUGCAAACCAAAAACCAACUACCUGCAAAAUCGAAACUCUUGAGAUACAACGCCUUUUUGGACAGUGAAGGGCUACUUCGCAUCGGUGGACGUAUAAAAAACGCAAGCGUAUCCUUCAAUAUCAAACAUCCUAUCAUUUUACCAAAAUCUAAUCCCAUAUCUAACCUCAUUAUUACAGAUUUUCAUCGUCGAUAUCUCCAUGCAGGAGUAUCUGAAACUUUCGCAUUCAUUCGACAACAAUUCUGGAUAAUGGGUAGCCGAAAUCUUAUCCGCAAAAUUGUUCAUAAGUGCAAAACGUGUUUUAUGCAACGUAAGGGAAACAUGCAGCAGAUUAUGGGUAAUCUUCCAUCCUAUCGCACUCAACCCAGUCGCCCAUUUACGAAUACAGGUUGUGACUAUGCGGGACCUAUCACCAUCAGGCUAUCUCGAUGUCGUAAAGCUAAGAUGUACAAAGCAUAUAUUGCCGUGUUUGUGUGCAUGUCUACGAAGGCCAUACAUCUGGAGCUGGUCAGUGAUCUCACCACAGACGCUUUCAUCGCAGCCUUGCGAAGAUUUGUUUCUCGCCGCGGCAAGUGUAGCAAUAUCUACAGCGACAAUGGGACGAACUUUCAUGGAGCUCGAAGAUGCUUAAAUGAGAUGCAUACUCUUGUUAUUUCACAAUCCCAUAAUGAUGCAGUCACUGCAGCCCUUGCCAUGGACAGCAUAUCUUGGCACUUUAUUCCUCCCUCUGCUCCACACUUUGGUGGAUUAUGGGAGGCUGGCGUAAAGUCAGUCAAGCUUCAUUUGCGCCGUGUUAUCGGAAGCUCAAUUCUAACAUUUGAGGAAUUAUAUACCUUUUUAACACAAGUAGAAGCCAUUCUAAACUCACGUCCUUUAUGUUCUGUGUCUGAUUUUGAUUUAAACCCAUUAACACCAGGUCAUUUCCUUAUAGGUGAACCACUCACAGCUGUUCCUGAACCGAGCAAUAUCGAUACUCCAAUCAACCGCCUCUCAAAUUGGAAUCAUAUCCAAAGCAUGGUGCAAGGCUUUUGGAAACGGUGGCACACCGAGUAUUUGACAUCUCUACAAGAAAGGCCAAAGUGGACAAAACCUACAAUCAACCUUAGACCUGGAGACUUAGUUGUAAUCAAGGAACCUAAUCUUCCACCAACGAAGUGGAUCUUGGGCCGAAUCGUAUCGGUCAAACCUGGCACAGAUGAAAGGGUACGAGUGGCCAACGUACGAACCGCAACAGGAACAUAUGUUCGUCCUAUCUCAAAAUUGGCUUUGCUACCGAUGUCCUGA